AUUGAGCACAGAGGAUUGGGCACAUUUUCGUGUGUACAAGUAUUUGCGCUCUGCUUUCAAGCGCAAGGGAAAAAGGUAUACGCUUUAACUGUUCAGCAUAUAAACUUAAACUUCAUAUUUAAUAUUGUCGAUUUUAAUACUCCGAAGUUUGCUGUAUGCUAUUGAUAACAUCAGGCAUUUAUACUGAAUAUUUGCAUAAUUUGUUGUUCAGAUUUAUUUGUGGUCAGCUUAUAAAUUCCUGCACGGCGAAGGAACAUAAUCUCAAUUAUUUUGGUCGAAAGUACAAGACUACAUCGGGUUUUCUUUGAAGACUUUUGCUUUAAAGGUACAGUUCAUUUUACAUAACGUUUUGUUUUGUACAGAUGAGUAAAUACUAAAAGCACAGCGUAUCCAAUAUUUGAGUGCCUAAUUUAUAAAUUUCCGUUUUGAAUUUGCACAGGUGAAAUUAUGAAGCCACAGCAAGCAAGAUUAGCAAAGAAACUGCAGAAUAAACCGAUAUGGCGGAGAUAUAUAAGUUAUAUAAAUUUCCCUAAGCUGGGGCAAUAUGUAGGUCUGUCUCUAGGCCUCUGGUUUGCAGGGAAAUAUAAUUUCAGCUCAGCAUGGAUUGCAAUGGGUCUGUUAGUGUUCGUUUGGUGGGAUUUUGAGACGCGCGAGAAGAAGCUACGGCGAAAACGAAUCCAGAAAUCAGUCAGUGUUGCCGGAGUCAAGAUGGAGAAUUUACCGUCGUGGGUGUUUGUUGAGAGCUCAGAACGUGUUGUCUGGAUGAAUAACAUGAUUCACCAUAUGUGGCCCUACAUCGGAGCCAUGGUCAAGAAAAUCCUUAAAGAGAAUGUCGAACCAGCCAUGCAAGCAAGCCUACCCUGUUCGCUAAGUAGCCUCACUUUCGAGACAAUCUCGUUUGGUCAAGUUGCGCCCAAAAUCACCGGAAUCAACUCGUACGCGCCCGAAGAUGCCCCAGAUGAAUUCAUCCUGGACCUUGACCUCCUGUACGAAGGCGAUGCAAAAAUCAAGCUCUCUGUGAAAUCGGUCAACAUGGGCGUGUCUGAUAUCCAACUUCGCGGAAUGUUGCGAAUUAUUUUCAAACCGUUUGUCGGCGAACCCAACCCGAUUGGCGGUUUAACUGUUUUCUUCCUAAACCGCCCGAAAAUCAAAUUUGAUCUGAUUAACUUAUUGAAUGUUCUGGAUAUUCCUGGUCUGAAAAGUAAACUCAGAAGCGUUGCAGAGGAUGUUAUUUGCUCUAUUAUGGUCUUACCCAAUCGUAUCGUUGUCCCAAUGUCACCCGAGCUUGUUGCCGAUGAUAGUGACCUGCGUUACCCCAUUCCUGAAGGUGUUGUCCGAAUGAAAAUAAUCGAAGCAAAAGAAUUGACGAAAAUGGAUUCGGCAUUGAGAGGCGGCGCUGCUGACCCUUAUAUUGUCCUCGGAGUUGGUGCUCAGAAAUUCCGUACAAAAACCUGUAAAAACACGCUUAAACCGGUUUGGAACGAGGUGUACGAAGCUUUUGUAGACAACGAUGAGGGCCAGGAGAUUGAGAUGAGCAUGUUCGAUGAGGAGAAGACUUCAAAGGAUGCAAAAAUGGGAACACUCGAAGUUGAUAUUACCUCGGUUGCACAGCAUGGUAGCCGGGAUCUGUGGCUGCCCUUGGACGGCGUCAAAAGUGGAGUGGUACAUCUUGAUUUAGCUUGGUGUAAGCUUAGCUCGAAACCCAAAGAUCUCAAACCUGCUGGUCAGUCGCUGUCAAGUGCACUUCUUAUGGUGAAAAUUAAGCAAGGAAAGAACUUACCCAACCCACUCAAACCUAAAGAAAUCCCGGUCGUGUUGUGUAAGGUUAUUGUGGGAGACUCAGAGAAGGAGACAUACCAUGUUGGUCUGAAUGCGGAGACCCAAACCAUCGAUUGGAAACAAGCUUUACGAUUUUUAGUGAAACAACCUGCUACCACCUCAAUCAAGAUUGAAGUUAUCGAAAGCAAGGGUACCAAGAAGCUCGGAAAUGUGGUCAUUCCCUUGACAACGGUUGCGGAUGCAAACGAAAUGGUGCUGGAAAAGGAAUUCAAUCUUACCGACUCGGGUGGAAAAGGCAGUCUAGCAUGUAAGUUCACCUUGCGAGCAUUAGUCCCGGGUGCGAAGGAGAUUUCAGAAGUUAAACGAAAGCGUGCAGUACGAUACUCCGAGCGCCCAUCCGUGUCCGAUGUCCCUUCCCCCACCACUCCGAAAGUGAUGGUUAACGAUGCUGUCGAAGAGUUGUCCUCGUUUGAUGAAGACCGACAAUCGACAAGCUCAUCUCCAAGAGGUAGUAUGUACGAGGUGAGUAGCGGCGGGGGCUCUAGAGAGAACCUUGUCAACUACGGCAGUGUGGAGCUCUCGCUCAGUUACAGCCAUGUCAGAAAUUGUUUGGUCGUUGUUGUCCAUGCCGCACAUGGCCUGCCCACAAGAGAUUCGAAAGCCAAGACCAGCCCCUAUGUUCGGUUGUACCUCCUCCCCGAGCGCUCUAAGAAGUCCCGCCGCGAGACCACGCCCAAAGAAGGUACCCUGGAUCCAGUGUAUGACGAGAAGUUCGAGUACAUCACCUCCCUUGAGGAACUUCGGGAAUGCACACUUGAUGUCGCUGUCAAGAACCACAAGUCCAAAUUCACCUCCAGACGCAGGCGAAAUUUCAUUGGUCAAAUCCGAAUCCCAUUGUCCUCCCUUGAUCUGUCGAAGGAACAAAGAAUGACAUACAACCUGGUGAAGUGGACCCCACAGUGAUUCAGGACACCAGCACUAAAACAAGACACUAGACACUGUUAAGCACGAGAAAACUUAUUUACUUUAGUCAAGCUAGAACAUUUUUUUCAUUGAAUUAUUCCUAGGAACAUAACCGAACAUUAAACCUUAUUGAAAUACUAUAGUUGUCAAUUUAGGUAUGUAAAACUUAUUGUAUCUCAUGAUUGAUAAUACUGCGUGGUUGCACUUUAUUGGCUACUACUUACUAGUGUGAAAUAAAAUCACAAAGUUAACAUACCCGUGUACUUGAAACCAUUGUUGUUUGCCACGCUUCUCUACUCGGCCUGAAAAUUAUAAAUGGAAGUUUCCGACGUUUUGGAGCGAAGCUCCUUCAUCAAGGGUUAGUGACAACUACUUACUAAACUUCAACUACACAACUAAUCUAUGUUGGUAACAUGUGGAAAACCAC